GAUAAUUGUAGCAUAAACAAUCAUUUUCGGUUGUGUGAUAUUAAUAUAUUUGAUAUUAAUAAUAUUCAAAAAAAUAUCAUCAAAAUGUGUACCAGAGACGCAGCAGCUGAACAAUUAACAAAUUGGCAGAAGGAUAAUGCAGACACUAUUGGUUAUGCCAAAAACAGUGCAGGAAUUGGUAUAGUGAAUGCAGACACUAGUUUGACGAUCGGUGUGAGGGGUGUGAUACCUCUUAGGGAUUAUCAAAUGAUGGAACACUUGCAACAUUUUAAUAGGGAACGUAUUCCUGAAAGAGUCGUACAUGCCAAAGGUGCUGGUGCAUUUGGAGAAUUCACAUGUACCGCUUCUUUAGAAGAUUACACUGUUUCUAAGGUGUUUGUGGAAGGGACUAAGACUCCUAUUGCAGUGAGAUUCUCAUUAGUCAAUGGCAGUUUGGGAUCUGCUGAUACUGUAAGAGACAUCAGAGGUUUUGCGCUAAAAUUCUACACCGAAGAUGGUAUAUGGGACUUGGUAGGAAACAAUACUCCCAUAUUUUUCGUUAAGGACCCUAUGCUGUUCCCUAUGCUUAUUCAUAGUCAGAAAAGUAAUCCUGUCACCAACUUGAGGGAUUGGGAUGCUUACUGGGACUUUUUGACGCUAAAUCCCAUGACCGUAUAUCAAACUUUGCGUCUGUAUGCUGACAAAGGAAUCCCGAAUGGCUACAGAUACCAAGAUGGAUAUGGCUGUCACACCUUUUCGCUCAUUGACAAAAACCGUCAGCUAACUUGGUGCAAAUUCACUUACGAAACCAACCAGGGUACUGAAAACCUCGACACAGAUGAGGCUGUAAAAUUAGCUGGUACAGACCCUGAUUACGCCACAAGAGACCUAUACAACUCUAUAGCCAAUGGAGACUAUCCAUCAUGGACGUUCUAUGUACAGCUCAUGACAACAGAUCAAGCCAAAGCUUUGGAUUUCGAUCCAUUUGACAUAACCAAGAUUUGGCCUGAAGAUGAUUUUCCAAAGCAGAAAGUGGGAGAAUUCGUGCUGAAUCGCAAUCCAGAGAACUACUUUGCUGAAAUCGAACAAUUGGCCUUCAGUCCCAGCAAUUUGAUACCGGGCAUAGGAGAUUCGCCUGACAGAUUGCUACAGGGCCGUUUGUUUGCCUACCAAGAUGCCCACAGGUACCGCCUGGGUGUCAAUAACCGUCAGCUAGCUGUCAAUGCACCCACCAACGGUACUGCUAACUUCCAAAGGGACGGCGCCAUGUGCAUCUACAACCAAGGCGGAGCACCAAAUUACUAUCCCAAUAGUUUUGGAGGCCCUAACCCUGAUCCAGAUGCGGCGCAAUGGACCAACCCACCUCAGGAAUUCUCCGGAAAAGAAGACUACUAUCCAGAAUAUUACCAGGAUGAUAACUAUUCCCAACCAAAAUCAUACUGGGAGAACGAUUUGGAUGAUGAUGAAAAAACAAGAGUGGUAAAUAACUUGGCAUGUUCCCUGGAAUGUACCAAAGAAGAUAUUCAAAAAAGAGCAGUAGAAGUUUUCACCAACGUUAGUGAAGAUCUGGGUGACAGAUUAGCAAAGGCACUAAAUUUGGACAGUGUGAAGGGUCAACUUAAAGCUUAAAAAUAAUUACUCAUAAUUUAAUAGCUUCCAUGAUGAUCUUUUAAUAUGUAUGUUUAUUAUGUUCUAGAGCAAAUUUAAUGAAAAGAAAAAAAAAUAUGGGGUGAUAAUACUAAAUAUGAUUUGUAAAAUUUCAGUAAAAUAAAAUUUAAUACCUAAG